AUGAGUUUCAUCGUAAAACAUAUAGAGAAAAAAAUCGGAGUCGACCUCAAUAACGAUGGUGUGAUAGGAUCAACACGCCACCAUGUACACGUUAGUGGCUACUACGCGCCAGAUCAUAGAGGUGAAACGUUAGUGGAUAAACUAGAGAGAAAAACGCACGUUGACAUCAAUGGGGAUGGACAUAUAGGUAAACAGCAUUUCAAUCAAUCUGGUGGUCAAGGUUUAUUAAAUGAAUUGGAAAAAGCGACAAAUAUUGAUUUAAACGGAGAUGGUAGAAUUGGAAAUGGCCCUAAUUAUCGUUCCAAUCAUUCACAUUAUCGUAGUCCUCCACCUCCCCAUUUCAAUCAAGCUGGCAGCAAUAGUAUGAUCAGUGAAUUGGAGAGAGCAACAAAUAUCGAUUUGAAUCAUGAUGGAGUCAUCGGUGGUCCGUCUCGUCCACCUCCGUUUAAUCCUUAUCAUGGUCCUCCACCAAAUUUCAAUUCUGCCAAUGGUAACAGCAUGAUAAACGAACUGGAAAAAGCAACGAACAUUGAUCUUAAUCACGACGGGCGGAUCGGUGGUGGACCUAACUACCCUCCAAAUUACCCGCCAUUUGGUGGUCCACCGCCGCCUCCAAGCUACGGUCAACCUGGCGGCGGUGGUAGCAUGAUCAAUGAACUGGAAAGAGCUACAAACAUAGAUCUCAAUGGCGACGGUAGAAUUGGUGGCGGUCCAUCAUAUCCUCCUCCAAACUUUCCUCCAUACGGUGGUCCUCCGUAUAAUGGUCCACCUCCUCCUAAUUUUAAUCAGUAUGGAGGCAACAGCAUGAUAAACGAACUGGAAAAAGCAACGAACAUUGAUCUUAAUCACGACGGACGCAUCGGUGGUGGACCUAGCUACCCUCCAAAUUAUCCGCCAUUUGGUGGUCCACCGCCGCCUCCAAGCUACGGUCAACCUGGUGGCGGUAGUAGCAUGAUCAGUGAACUGGAAAGAGCUACAAACAUAGAUCUCAACGGCGAUGGUAGAAUUGGUGGUGGUCCAUCAUAUCCUCCUUCAAACUUUCCUCCAUACGGUGGUCCUCCGUAUAAUGGUCCACCUCCUCCUCCUCCUAAUUUCAAUCAAUAUGGCGGUAAUAGCAUGAUCAAUGAACUGGAAAGAGCUACAAACAUAGACCUCAACGGCGACGGUAGAAUUGGUGGUGGUCCAUCAUAUCCUCCUCCGAACUUUCCUCCAUACGGUGGUCCUCCGUAUAAUGGUCCACCUCCUCCUAAUUUCAAUCAGCAUGGAGGCAACAGUAUGAUCAAUGAAUUGGAGAGAGCAACAAAUAUUGAUCUUAAUGGCGAUGGCAGAAUUGGUGGUCCUCCCAAUAAUUUUCCCAAUUAUAACCAGUAUCGCUAG